UGCUAAACGAUACCAUUUUAAAUCGGAAGUUUGAUUCGUUUUACUGCCGCUUGAUUAAAACGAGGACACCAUUGAAGGAAUGAACUCUUUGUGUAGAUCAACGACCAUACCUCUCACCUGUGCCAGUUGGGAGAGGUCACCAAACUCUAGACCACAAACAAAUGUCUUCCCCAAAGUUCUGGUUGUAGUGUUGCUGAUGUUGAUGUUGGGUGCUGCUGAUGGGACAACAGAAAGAUCUAGAUCUUGGUAUGACUUAUCGGAGCUUGAAAGGCAAAUGGAACGUCUGAAACUUUGCUUAAGUGAAGUAGAAAAGCAGGAAACCCGAGCAGACGAUAAGGCCAAGUACUCCUGUGAUGUAAACCGUCUGUAUUGGCUACUAGGCUAUUAUGAAGAAGCUGCCCAUGAAUUAGCAAAAACCAACCCUGAAAUUAGCCGUCACAUCAAGGAAAAGAAAGCAGGGCGCAAGACUUUUGUGUGUCGAUUUGUUGCGCUGUUUAUUGGAGCAAUCUCGCUCUAUUGGUUACUGCUGACCAUGCUAAUUCAGCCCAAUCCUUCUCUCUGGCUCGUCCUAGUCAAUUGGGUCAAAGGAACCGGAUGGAUGUUUGUUGUGAUAUAUGUCUGCCAUUUUUUCUGGCAAAGGAUUCAGUAAUUGUUCAUAGAUUUAUGCUUGUAAUAGUGUUUUAAAAUCCUGUAUUAUUACAUAUUUUGUUACUAUUUAUUUUAAUUAACAUGUAUUUUUAAACUUUUUUUUUUAUAUCUUGGGCUAGUUUUAAUCAAAUCUAAGUGCUUUUUAAAGAUGUUUUUGAAAUAUUUAUAUAAAGCAUAAUUUUUAAUAAAAUAAAAUUUGUU